GCCUUUCACGUGUCAGCUCUCUUCCUCUUAUCGCGUUUCACUGCUCGUUUGUAGUUCUUCGAAUAAAAAGCGAUUUUAACGGCGUUUGGAAUGUCUUCAGAAAAAGCACAUUUAAGGUUUUUUUGCUUUGAGGUCGAGUGUGUUUAUUGGGGUUAGGGUGGCAUGCGACGCGUCGGCUGCUUCCGUUGGUUUCACGCUGCUUUCCUCGGCUUUCUGUCCUCGUAAAAGCGGCUCCGACGCCCGCGAGAAGGCUUCGAAUCCUCGGGCAGAGCGGGUGGGAAAGCCAGCCGGGUCACCAUGGCGAGAAACGAGGGCAAGAAAGACGACCUCCUGGAGGACAACCGAGCCGACUCCGGGAUAGACUCGUACCGCUCUCUACUCAAGGACGAGCCCCGAGAACCGAGGUCCGGCCCGAGCGGGCCGAGGGACAAAUUCUCCACCGCAGACGAGCGCCUGGACUCGGCGUACAGCUCCUCGUCCCUCACGGUGGACCUCCUGUCGGAGAUCGUGGAGGGCUGCACGAUUUCCAGCGUCCAGGAGGAUCAGACACAGAACACUGAACUGACCGAGCAGGAGAACCUGCUCACCACCAUCACUGAAGAUGGAGACACAAUCCUGCAUUUAGCGAUCAUCCACGAAGACGACGACAUCGCUCACCAGCUGAUACAGAUAUUCCCCAAAGAUGUCCUGGACAUCCAGAACAACCUGUACCAGACACCCUUGCACUUGGCCACAUACGUCAACAUGCCCGUUGUGGUGAAGGAUCUGGUGGAGAAUGGUGCCAGCCUGGAGCUUCAGGACCAGGACGGGAACACGGCGCUGCACGUCGCGUGUCAGUACAGGAAGACUGACUGUGCCGCCGAGAUGACCAGAGAGGUUUCCUGCAACAAGCUGGUGCCGGUCCUGCAGACCCAGAACUGGAAAGGUCUUACCUGUCUUCACUUGGCCACACUGAACAGACAACAUCAUAUUAUGAGGCUCUUGAUGGGUAAAGGAGCAGACCUCAAUAUUCAGGAAGGAACUAGCGGGAAAACCGCUCUUCAUCUCGCCGUGGAGCUGCACGACAUCAUUUCAGUGAAGCUUCUGCUCAACCAUGGUGCCAACGUGGACGUUACCAUGUUUAAUGGCUGCACGCCGCUGCACCUGGCAGUGGGACGGCAGGAUGCCGCCAUCUCUAACCUACUCUACCAGUUCGGAGCCGACACAAUGCUCCGAAACAUGGAGGAUGAAACGGCACUGGAUCUGGCUGAUGGCAACGAUGAUAUUCUGGCUCUAUUUCCAUUUGAUGACAUCCAGAUCUCUGGGAGGUCGGUGGUUAGUGUGAACUUUUGAACUGGGUGACUGCUGAACUACAGACGUACCUGGACUCUCACUGCCACCGGUGUUUUCAUGUUUCAUUAAACAGCUUAUCUAUAUAUUUUAUUUGUAAUACAUUCUGGUUUCAUCUGGAUUUUUUUUUUCUUUUAAGACUAAUAUGGACACCGUACAUUUUGACUUCCUGCUGAAAAAGAGUAAUUCUGUUUCAUGGUCUUGAACUGUUUUUUUUGUUUGUUUUUUUUACACCCACUAGAAUGGCACUAAAUAAAGUACAUUCCUUUUCCAAGGCCCAAAACACACCAUGUCACCAUGUUAAAUGUCUUCUAAAAUUUAUUGACUCAAAGUGUGAAGCUCCAAAUUCAGAUCAGCUUGAGUUUUCACAAAACUUCAUAAAUCCUCUUUGUUAAAAUGGUCCGUCUUAGAAUGUUGUAUCCGGUUCAGCCUUAAUUUGGAAUGUAUCCCAGAAUAGACCAAAUCUAGUCAGCAUGUUGGGUGAAAAUUAUUAACAAAACCAUCAUACAAAUAGAAAUGGGUGGAAAUGUGACCUCCUUGUUGGGGUAAAUAGAACAUUUAUACAUUUUCACUGUAUGUUUUGUUAAUAUAUAAUUUUCCUCAUAGAUGAGUCUGACAAAACCAGCCAUCUGAUUACCAAACAAACAAAAAAAUCUACCUCUUAAUCGGAUUAACCCCAGUUUUCACGUUUCUCAUAUUUUAUCAUUGCUAUGCCUUUUUUUUUCCCUCUAAUGGAAACGGGACUGUUGGCUUUUAUGCUUCUGUUCAUAUCUUUAAAGAUCAAUUGUUUCCACAGAGACUUUUUGAGAAGACGCAUGCUAUAAUUUAACAAAUGUAAAAGAAAUUGUUCUGUUAAAAUAAAAUCCCAACCCCUUGCUUUCAAAGGUUAGGCCAUACAGAAAUCUAAUAUAUAACACAAUGCAGCUUCAUCUUUGAUGCCUACGUUUGCCGUGUCGAUGCUGUAACAGGCUGCUCUAUUUAACUUUAUCUGCAGAAAUAUGUCAUGUUCUUUGGUGUCUAUGUGCACCUGCCUGUAUAGGUAAUACAAGAAGGUUCUGCACUCAUUUAUUUUGUAAUAAAAUUAAGAUAUUAUCAUUG